GGGUUGAGCAAGGGCGGCAGGGGUGGGAGGUACAGUUAAAGGCUCUGAAAGGGUCCAGAGCUUCUUUUUGCACACACUAAGGAGGCGCCCACAAACAGUCUGAGACUGCAUUGCGGAUGGCUCCGAGAUGGACCCCCCUCUGCGCUGGACUCUGGAUGCUCACAGUUGUAGCGACUGGCCUGCUCACCAAAGAACAGAAGAAGGAUAUUGUGGAUUUGCACAACAAGUACCGGUCCAUAGUUGAGCCGCCAGCUGCCAACAUGAUCCGCAUGACAUGGGGUGAAGAGCUCUCUCUCGUGGCAGAACUAUACGCUGCUAAAUGCAUAUGGGAUCACAACCCUGAAGUGCAGAACAUAAUGGGGGAAAACCUUUUCAUCUCCACUGGACCCUUUAAUGUCGACAAAGCCUUGUCUGAUUGGUUUGGAGAACAUGCAGAUUACAUCUAUGACAAUAACACCUGUUCUGAUAAUAUGAUGUGUGGACACUAUACACAGAUUGUCUGGGCGGAGACCACCAGGGUAGGCUGUGCAGCACACAUCUGUGAGACUGUCAAGGGCCUGUUCUUUGAGAAUGCCGCUAUGCUGGUCUGCAAUUAUUUUCCUCCAGGCAACGUAGCUGGACAAAAACCAUAUGAGGCAGGAGAGCCAUGUUCGAAAUGCCCAGAGAAAAUGAAGGACUGUGUGCAAGGCCUCUGUGAUAAUCUAGAAAGGAGCGAACUUCCCUCAGUGGAGCCUACAGAGCUGCCUUGGACAGACACUCCCAGCACCUGGGCUGUUGAGGGAUCUGGGUGUCAAGGCUCCCCUGCGGCUCUGCUACUGCUAACUGGAUUGCUGGCUUCUCUCUUGUGGAUGUGAUCUCAGUUCUGUGUUUUGUCCCUGCCCAUUUUUCCUCAUGUGCUAGAGUGGACUAGGGUGGACUGGUGGAGGUUUUCGGGUUUUGAUACAUUUCUUGUAACUUAUCCAUGUUGUAUCAAAUAUGUUUAUAGUUUCUAUACAACAGAAUUUUACAGAGCAGAUAUUAGUAUUUUAAUAAUUCAGUAAUAUCAGUCAUUUAACAUACACUGACCGGUCACUUCAUUAAGUUCACCUGCUUGUAUUACCACUAAUUGUCCAUUUAGUGUACAUGCACUUUUUAGGCCUAAAUCUACAGUUACAGACUGUAGUCCACCUGUUUCUCUGCUUACUUUGUUACCCCCCUUUACCCUGUUCUUCAGUGGUCAGGACCCCCACAGGACCACCACAGAGCAGAUAUUACUGGGAGGCAAAAAGAAACUGCAGUCACAGCACAACAUGGAGGUGGCAUGUUAGUGUGUGUUGUGCUGCUACGAGUGGAUCAGACACAGCAGUGCUGCUGGAGUUUUUAAACAGUGUCCACUCACUGUCCACUCUAUUAGACACUCCUACCUUGUUGGUCCACCUUGUAGAUGUAAAGUCAGAGAAAGUAGCUCAUCUGUUGCUGCUCAGUUUGUGUUGGUCAUCCUCUUGUCCUUCAUCAGUGGUCACAGGACGCUGCCCACAGGACGCGGGGUUGGUGGACUAUUCUCAGUCCAGCAGUGACACUGAGGUGUUUAAAAACUUUUUGUCCAUUUUAUCAGCUCCACUUACUAUAUAGGUGCACUUUGUAGUUCUACAGUUACAGACUGUAGUCCAUCUGUUUCUCUGUAUCUCUACUUUGUUAGCCCCCUUUCACUCUGUUCUUCAAUGGUCAGGACCCCAACAGGACCACCACAGAGCAGGUAUAAUUUGGGUGGUGGAUCAUUCUCGGCACUGCAGUGACACUGACGUGAUGGUAGUGUGUGUUGCGCUGGUACAAGUGGAUCAGACAGUGCUGUGGCCACAGUGCAGUGGCCGGUCAGUUUAUAUACGCACAGCAAAUAGAUUUAUUCUGUUAUGCAAGCACAAUUCUACACAAACCAGCACUUCUCAGAUAUGAAUAUAAGGAGCGUUGGGCUGCACAGGUAUGUGGCUUUUGCAUGAUAGUUAUGACGAUGGAUUGUACAACAUGAAACAACACUGAAAAAUUGGACUCAUUUACGUUAUACAAGGACCGCAUUACUUCACGUUUAUAUUUUUAAAUCUAAGGACUGAAAUAAGUCUUUUCCUUAAGUGUACUGUUGAAUAAGACAUGCUUCCUGGGAAAAUAUAUAAAACUGGAAUAGAAUGAAAUGAAAAGGAGUAACUGUCAAGUGCAGAUUUAAAUAAUAAUUGUAUAAAUACAUUUGUUUAAAACCUAAUCUAUAUACAAAUAUAUAUAUUUGGUAUUUGCGUUAAUUAUAUUAAAGUGAAUCAUAUUGUAUAUUUGUGUUUUGAAGAAAGUGCACAUAAAGACAUGAUACCAC